ACUGCCGGCUAGCUAUAUCCGUCUAUAUUUUGCGGGUCUCACUGUGAAAGAUGUCGUCUGCCGAUGUACAGAGAGAAUUUGACGUGGUUAUUUUCGGUGCCACCGGUUUUACCGGCCAAUUUGUCGUCGAAGAAAUUGCUCGCGUGGUGCAGAAGGAACAUGGCAUAAAGUGGGCAAUAGCUGGUCGAAACAAAUCCAAGCUAGAGACUGUUUUAAAACAAGCUUCUGAAGUAGUUGGGAAUGAUGUCACUGGCACGUCCAUCAUCAUUGCAGAUGUUGCGGAUGAGGAAUCAUUGCUCUCCAUGUGUAGGCUCACCCGUAUGAUCCUAAACUGCGUUGGACCGUAUCGCUUUUUUGGAGAGCCAGUUGUCAAAGCCUGUGUGGAGGCAGGGUCCCAUCACCUUGAUAUAAGCGGGGAGCCACAGUUUAUAGAGACGAUGCAGCUGAAGUAUCAUGACGCGGCGCAGAAGGCUGGAUGCUACAUCAUCAGCACCUGUGGAUUUGACAGCAUACCUGCCGACCUGGGAGUCAUCUUCACCAGAGACGUGUUCAAAGGAGAUCUGAACUCCAUAGAGGCUUACCUCAGUAUAAACACUGGGCCAGAGGGAGGAUCAUGGAAUUAUGGAACGUAUCAGACAGCUAUACAUUCUGUACCCCAUACCAGAGAUGAGCUACUGUUUGGCAAGAAGUUAGUUUCUUAUGAAGUCCCCCCACCUGCCCAUAAGGCGACGAAAAGGCCGCAAUUGUUUCGCGGGGAGAGGGUUGGAAGCGACUGGUGCGUUCACUUCCAGGGAGCAGAUCGCUCCGUCGUGCAGAGGACACAGAGGUUCAACUACGAGCAGCUUAAAGAGCGGCCGGUGCAGUUCAAUCCAUUUGUGAGGAUUUCCUCCACAUUCUGGCUUGUCAUCAUUGCACUCAUGACCACCAUCUUCUCCCUGCUCGCAAACUUUAGCUUUGGAAGAAGCCUGCUGGAAAAGUACCCCAAGAUAUUCACUCUCGGAUAUUUCAGCCACGAAGGUCCCACGAAGAAGCAGAUUGAGGGUUCCUCCUUCUCCUGGCAUUUUGUCGGGGAGGGAUACGAAACGAAGAUCGCGGAUCCUGACCAGCAACACGAUGAUAAGCCGUCAAAGAUGAUUGAAACACGAGUGUGCGGGCCGGAGCCAGGAUAUGUUACCACCCCUAUCUGCCUGGUCGCUGCCGCCAUGACAGUUCUAAAGGAAGCCGAAAAAAUGCCACUCGAUGGUGGAGUGCUGACCCCUGGUGGUGCAUUUAGAAAGACGUCGCUGCGUGACAGACUCACUGAGGCUGGCAUGAAGUUUGAGAAGCUGUAGACGACAUUGCUGGCUGGCUGUAGGCCAUGUCUGUGGGCAGAGAAGGUAGAGAAGUGGGAUAGGAAAGCAGUGAUGGUAUGGAUGCAAUUGAUGACCCCUGCUUAAUACCGACUACUAUUCAGAGACAGCAGCUAUAUUACACAGAGAGACUUGCUAAUGAAUCUAGAUCGGUAUUACCGCUUCGGCUUUCUCAUACGUUUACUAAAAGCAAUUUCAGUUUUUUCAAUUUCAGGACAAAAAUUUUAAAAGAAAUUGUAUGUGGUCUGUGUGAUACUGGCUACCGACUAUACAUUUUGAUGAUUCUUAUUACAAAUAUUUUAUGGUUAAUGGUUAGUCUUCACUCUAUAUCUAGUGUUGUCUAUGUUAUUGUGUAGUAACCAUUAUUAUUUGAAGAAAAAACGAGACUACUUCGUAAAAUUUCUUAUGCCAAAGAUAUUAUUUUUGAUUGAGUAUGGAACUUUACUGCUUAUACUGAUCAUACUAUUACUCAUGACAGAUAUAUAUAUAUUAUAUAAAUAUCUCUAUUAUCCACUCCUGAUAUAAUGUUUGAGUACGAGUUGACUGCUAGUGGUUAUGUCAAACCAGUGGUUAGGUUAAAUUACAGAGAUAAAUAUCUGUAGAUGAUGUGGAAGCACUGUAGGGCAUAUAGUAUCAUCACUCGAUUAUUAAAGGUGAUAUACAUCAUGGUAUUAGUUCAGUGUUUAAAUUUAUGUAUGCAUGUUAAACAAAACAAAGGAUUAUUCAGAACGAUGAAUCUAUUGUCUCUAAUGUCUAGUGUUCCACAUGUCAGACAUUAACAGAUUACUUAGAAAUGUGAAGAGAAUAUGAAAUUGCAGUGUUUAAAAACGAAACAGGGUAAAAAUAUAAUUGCAUAGAAAUUUAUAGUUGAA